AGUUUUUCAGCUAACUUCAUGGGACUGCACAUGACGUGGAGUUAAAAAUUUGUUGUUUUCAUCUGGAUCUGCCAGCAUUUUCGGCCGUGAGUGGAGACAGAUUUGUUUUCCAAGAUGCUGCAAGGCGCACUGGACGAUGUGAAGAGAAUGAACAAACGCCAGUUCCUGUACCAGGUUCUGAGCUUUGGGAUGAUAGUGUCUUCAGCACUUAUGAUCUGGAAAGGACUCAUGGUGGUCACAGGAAGCGAGAGCCCCAUUGUGGUCGUCCUCAGCGGAAGCAUGGAGCCUGCUUUCCACAGGGGGGAUUUGCUCUUUCUGACCAACUACCAGGAUGAGCCUGUCCGUGUUGGAGAGAUUGUGGUCUUCAAGGUUGAAGGACGAGACAUCCCUAUUGUGCACAGAGUGCUUAAACUUCAUGAAAAAGAAAACGGAACUGUCAAGUUCUUGACCAAGGGUGACAACAACAGUGUCGACGACCGAGGGUUGUACGCCCCUGGCCAGCUGUGGCUUACUAAGAAGGACGUGGUGGGACGAGCGAGAGGGUUCUUGCCUUACGUCGGCAUGGUUACUAUUUACAUGAAUGAGUACCCAAAAUUCAAAUAUGCUGUGCUUGCUUGCCUCGGACUUUACGUGUUAGUGCACCGGGAAUAACACCAGCCAUUACGAUCAACUGUUCCCCCUGUUUUUAAGGGGGUUUUGUCAAGUCCGAUUUGAUUUAUCGAAAAAUUGAUGGUGUAUAAUUUGAAUUGAAACUAUUCCGAGAAACGUUUAAAUGUCUACAAGAUGGACUUCAUUUUUCAAAUUUCCCCCAUCAGACCUUCACUCUCAAAUUACCGAUGCAAACUGUUCAUUUUGUAUUUGUAUUUUGUACGGCCACGAGGAAUGAAAGAUGCUCAUUUCCAUAAGCGUACUAAAAAGUUGUUUUUUGUUUCAAUAAAAAAAUAAGGAUGAAAAUUGAACAAAAA